AUGGCUCGUUUUGCAAUAUUUAUGCUUUUGAUUGCUUUGGUUACUAUGUUAGUUUGUGUUGCUCCAUGUUUUGAAGCAAGAAGACAAUUGAACAACAUGGAUAAGAAGAAGGUCACUAACCUGGCUUCUUCGGCCCCAUGCAAAGAAGGUCAUGUUUAUGGCAACUUGAAUCCUGGCCCUAGUCCUGGAGCCGGCCAUUCUGGCCCACCUGGUCCUGGAAUGGACCAUGUUUAUGGCAACUUGAAUCCUGGCGCCGGCCAUUCUAACCCGCCUGGUCCUGGAAUGGGUCAUGUUUAUGGCAACUUGAAUCCUGGCCCUAGUCAUGGAGCCGGCCAUUUUGGCCCACCCGAUCCUGGAAUGGGCCAGACUUUUGGCAAGUUGAAUCAUGGCCCUAGUCCUGGAGCCGGCCAUUCUGGCCCACCUGGUCCUGGAAUCGGCCACAUUUAUGGCAACUUAAAUCCUAGCCCUAGUCUUGGAGCCGGCCAUUCUGGCCCACCUGGUCCUGGAAUGGGAUUAGGUGAAUUCUGA